ACCCCACCGGGUCUGUUCGACCUGUGAGCAUGUGAGGUUACACAGUCCAGCACAGAAAAGUGGCGCUAAUCAUUGGCAAGGCAAUCGGAGGCACCUGCACUGAUAGGUAUUCGGGGGCGCUAUCCACGCUAAGUGCCUUCACCUCUCGCAUAGUCCGUGCUUUCAUUUCCGCCUCGAGCUCAACGCCGCACAGAAGUCAGACGAAGCCGGAACUUCUGCAUCUUCGAAGCGCAUGCAUGAUAUGUGAAAGCGCAGUCCGCCCAACGCCAACCCCACGCUGGAUCGCCAAAUGUCAUGCGCUCACGGACGGCGCCCUUAUCUGCUGCCGGGUCUCCGAGCCAACGUUCGCGCCGUCUGCGUGACCUGUCCGGAAUGAGAUGGCCGGCUUCAAUUCCAUACCGGCGAUGACGGCGGCCGCCCCACCGGCCCCGGAUGGCAUGGCCAUGGCCGCCUCGGACAUGGAGGCCUUCAAUGCCUCGAUGGCCUUUGACGAGUCGCUUUUCGACACCGUCCACGGCAUGCCCAACAUCCCCUUCACCCCGGCUGCCUACGACUUUGAAACCUUCAGCACCACCUUCGAAGACCCCUUUUCCUACCCUGCCCGCCCCUUCGAGGGCGCCGCCGGCGCCCUCGACGUCGAAGGCUACAACAUCGACGGCUCGUCUCCCCAGGAACUCGACAACAAGCUCCUCGGCUUCGGCGCGCCGAUCCCGGGCAAGGCUACGCUGCUUACCGAGACCGGCCAGUUCGUCGAGCCCGCCAUCACGGGCGAGCUGUACGGCAUGUUCUUCGUGGCCGAGGACGUGUUCGGCGCCGACAGCAACACCUCGGGCCGCCCGCUCGAGCUGACGUGCUAUCGCCGCAACCUGUGGCAGAUCUCCGGCCAGAUCACGCUGCCGCGGCACGUGGCGCAGUACGUGGACGAGCAGGGCCGUCGCGCGCCCGUCGUGGAGCUCGCGGCCUCCAUCACGGCCGUCGAGAGCAUCGAGGGCAGGACCGCCGAGAUGAUCACGAUUCCCUGGCGCGGCACCAAUGCGCCCAUGGGCGCCGAGGAGACCAAGGCCGUGAGCCCCCCGCCCGUGUUGCCCAUCGACCUGGCGAGCGGGCAGGAGGUGGACGGCGGGAGCCGCGUGUCGGUGCCGGUCGCGUGGAAGAGGCUGCAGUUCAAGCACGCUACGGCGAAUAACGGACGGAGGAAGGGACUGCAGCAGCAUUACGUGGUGCAGAUCAACCUGCUGGUGAAGGGCAAGGGCGGGGACUAUAUCAAGGUGGCCGAGGUCCAGUCUGGCCCGGUGAUCGUGCGAGGACGAAGCCCGAGGAACUUUGAUAAUCGCAAGGAGGUGCCCCUUGGAGACAAGAGGCCGCUAGAAAGGAGGAAUACGGAGGGAUCCUCGACCGGAUCCGGCGGCCCGAAACAGCAACACAAACAGGAGGAGGGGGACCAAACACUAACGCCGAAGAUACCGCGGUACAACGCCAACGUCCAGCAAUCACCAUCCGACUGGGCUACGCCCUAUCCUGCAAGCACGCCAGGCGCACAGCAUGCCAGCAAAAAGCUGGCCAUCAGCUCACCCAGUCUAAACCGGCCGCCGGUCCCCGCCUGGGGGUCAUUAGACUCGGCGUCGGGGAACAAUAAUAACAACAACAGCAGCAGCAACAAGCCGCCCGCCUCCGCUAAAACACCGCAUCCCACACCGACCAAAACCCAACGCAGCGGCAGCAUCACAGCACCGCAGCCCCUUCCCAUCAAUCUCUCGCUCUCCGAGGACGAGCGCAGCCCCCCCAACCGCGCCGGCUCCAACGACAGCUCGCUGAGCCCGCGGCUCGCGAAAUCCUCCGCCCUCCUCUCCGCCCACGGCGCCGGCCUCGGCGGCGACGGCCAGGGCGGUGUCGCUGCCCUCAAUCCGCUCGCGAGCCCGCUGGAGACGGAGGAUAUGUUGUACGAGUACUUCCCGCUGAGCCUGGACGACUGGAUGCCUCCCGUCGACGCCAUCUACCGCCCGCACGUCGUGCACCACACCAUCGUCCCGCCCGAGGUCAAGGCCCAGCAGCUGCGCAGCAAGGCCAAGCGGUACUUCGCUGCCGAGUGAUGAUCGGAGUGAGAAUGAAACAGAUAUGAGAUUUACGCCGUGUCGUUGGUAAAGGAUUUGAUGAGGUCAAAGGUAGAGUCACAAUCAUCCCGCCAACUCUACACGAUUUGCAUUUGUAUAUCCGAUAGGCUUGGAAGCAGUGUGGACCCUUUGGGCAAUUGGGCAGGUUGAGUUGAACGGGCCCCUGAACGGGCCCUGAGUUAGGCUUGUGUACGGAGUAGGUUGCCACGCUCUAUGUUGCAUGGAAUCUGUCGCUCUACUGUAGCUUCGCUGAAAUGAUAUUCAGAGACGACC